AAAAAGAAAUUCAACGCCAUGUACGAAAGCUAUAAUUUUCUAAAUUCACUUUUUCGCGCCACAAUCAUUCCUGGACUAUUUGUUAUAGUUUGGCUAACUGGGUUAAUCUCUUUAGUGACGGUACAAGUAUGCCUAUUGGCAUUCUCAUUAGUAUUCAUAGUAUUUCCACUGGUAUUUCGAUAUUCGGUAACGCUACAAAGAGGCAUCUUAUUUUUAACAUUCAUAACAUAUCCCAGAGAUCUCGAUUUAAGUAAUCCUGCUAGUGUGGGCCUAUAUGCCUCACGUAGUUUUCACCUGAAUGUACCCGAUGCUGAUGUCGAAGACGAAAAUUCGGAAAAGAAACGUUAUGUGCGGAUUGGAUUGUGGCAUGUCUUGCCAAAACAUGUGGCCAAACGUUUCACCAAGGAAUUGCAGUUAAGUGAGGAAGCCAAAGAGGAUCUACAAAACAUUACCGAGGUGUCAGAUGAACACCUAGAUAAAUUGGAAACUACCCUCAAAUCAUCAUUCCCCAUUGUGAAUUCAGAAAAUGAACAACUUUUCUAUGAACAGUUGUUGAAGGUACCAGGAAAUACAAUUGUUCUAUAUCUACAUGGCAAUACGGCAUCACGAGGAUCUGGACAUCGUUUAGAUGUUUAUAAAUUAUUGCGAAAAUUAGGAUAUCAUGUCAUUUCAUUUGAUUAUCGAGGCUAUGGUGAUUCAGAUCCGAUAUCGCCCACUGAAGAGGGUGUUGUUCGUGAUGCAAUGGCUGUCUACAAUUAUAUACGAAAUUUAACAUCUAAUCCAGUAUUUAUAUGGGGUCAUUCGUUAGGCACUGGUGUUGCAACAAAUAUGUUGUCACAAUUGAAUUAUCUGAAUGACAAGGGUAUUAAAGGUGUCAUUUUGGAGGCACCAUUUACAAAUAUUAAAGAUGAAAUACGUAUGCAUCCAUUUGCAAGGCCCUUCAAACAUUUACCCUGGUUCGAUCACACAAUUGCCCGACCAAUGUAUUUAAAUUCGUUGCGAUUUGAAUCGGAUCAACACAUUAGUGAAUUCCGUCAACCGAUAAUGAUUUUACAUGCCGAGGAUGAUUAUGUAGUACCCUUUCAAUUGGGCUACAAGUUAUAUCGUAUUGCAUUGGAUACACGUGGCAAAUCUUGGGGUCCCGUCGAAUUUCAUCGUUUCGAGGGGUCACGGAAAUAUGGUCAUAAAUAUAUUUGCUAUGCACCCGAAUUACCCGAUCUUAUUCAGAAUUUUAUUAACAAUUAUAUUAAGGAUAUUUUCUAAAUACAAGAAAAGGAAAUAAACGGAUCUCAGCUGG